AAGCACAAGCGUACGCAUGCUGAUGCGCGACCGAUGCAAGCGCUGCCAAGCCUUCGUGAGGGGCAGCCACUCCAGCAGCAUUCACUCCAGCAGCAGCCAUUCGAGCAGCAGCCACUCCAGCAGCACCUUCUUCAGCAGCUGCUUCUCCAGAAGCAGCCUCUGCAGCAGCAGCCUCUCCAGCAGCAGCCUCUGCACCAACAGCCUCUGCAGCAGCAGCCUCUGGAGCAGCAGCCUCUGCAGCAGCAGCCUCUCCAGCAGCAGCCUCUGCAGCAACAGCCUCUGCAGCAGCAGCCUCUGGAGCAGCAGCCUCUGCAGCAGCAGCCUCUCCAGCAGCAGCCUUUGCAGCAGCAGCCUCUCCAGCAGCAGCCUCUGCAGCAGCAGCCUCUCCAGCAGCAACCUUUGCAGCUGCAGCCUCUCCCGGUGCAGCCACAGCUUCAGAGCCAACUGCCACGUCACCACGGGGGCAGCGGCGUCCGUGCUGCAGAGGCCAUCACCGACGCUCCAUGUGCAGCGGCCGGUGAGGGGGGAGAAGACGAGGAGGGGGAAGGUGACAGCAACAGUAGCGAGAGCGAGUCCGGCGAAGAGGGCGACCAGAGGCACGCCCAGUCUGGCUCCGGCACGGAUACCAGCUCCUCAGACUCAUCUUCGGAUUCUGAGUCUGCCGACGAAGCUAGCUCAGAGGGCGAGGCGGAGCAGUCUGCUUGCAUGGGGCAGGCUGCGGUGGCCGAGACGGCGGCGGGCAAGAACGACGUUACUUUUGAUAAGCUCUUCGCCUCCCCAGCUGAGGGCACUGGGGAGGGUGGGAAGAUGAAGACGCGGAACGGCGGGCAACGGCAGAAGGCAGCCGGAGAGGCGGGCGACGUUAGACAGGAACGGUCGGGGCGCGGACGCGGCAGGGCGGGCUCGCCCACGCCGUCUGGUCGCCGUCUCCAAGAAGCGACUGGGAAGGCAAAGGGCUCCCGAGGUGCAGGUAACCCCAAGAGCGGGGGAGUGGCAGAGCCGGCCAACGGAGACAAGCGGGGCAAGGACGGCAAGGGGAAAGGGAAGACCAAGCAGAAGAGAGCACCGGAGAUGCAGGCCCCCCCCCAGUCUGGCCUCGGUCCGCCGGUGGUGCAGCAGUUUCAGCUAGGCACAAGACGCAUGGCGCCGACAGGUGGAGCCACCCUAACCUCGACCCUGCGCUACAAUGACGCUGCCCCCAACACCGCCGCAGUGGUCCUCCCAUCUUCCAGCGCUGGGCCACGCGCGCUACGUGCCGUCCAUGAGAAGGCGUCGAAGAAGAAGUACGUCUCUAGGGCUGAGCUGAUGGCUGAGCUGGACCGUAUGAAGACCGCGCUGCUGGCCACUGUCACGGCCUUCAUCGACGGGCAGCGGGCGAUGUACGCAGCUGGUCGGGUGGCGAAUGGGAAUGGCCCGGCGUCCACUGGACAGGGAAGCCAGGAGGAGCCGAGUCCAGCCACGUUGGCUCGCCGUGAGGUUCUCCUGGCGGCGGAGGACUUCAAGAGGUGUGGGGUCUGAUCUGGCACGUCGAUAAGCCGCGGAUGUGGCCGUUCUCGACCCUGAUCUUUGCUGUGGGGUUUCGCAGGGGAUUCAAGCGGCGCCACGUCCAAAUGAGCUGCUAUAAGACCCGCCAGAUCGCCUGGGGGCUGUACGCGUUGGAGGCCACACUGCACAACUACAAAACCGCCGAGGGAAAGCUGAGCCAAGACAGUGAAGACAAUCGCCGGGGGUACGAGGCCAUGGUGUUGCACUGCCGCAGGUGGGUGGAGCACGCCGUGGACAACCUUGGUGUGCCGUACGACGACGAGGCCGAGGUUUUCGAGUUUGGCAAUGGGGUGCGCAUUGAUGCGUCCGACUACCCCGAGCUCGUGGCACGCACCCUCGCCCGCAUGAGGA